AUGAGUGCUUACCCCAAGCUAUCCAUGACCAUUGCUCUAGUCACUCUGCUCGCCGGCAAAUCACUCGCCAUUGAGUGCUACCCGGGACCUGUCCCUCAUAGACCUGUGCUCAGAGAGGAAUGUUCGAAAGCCAUCUCUCAGAUUGUCUACAAGCCCGACCAAACUCUUGACCCAGCUUCCAAGCAAGUAGAUUACAGCUAUGGAGACUGCAAUAUAUCUGUCGUAAAUCAAUUCGGUAUUCGUAUAAACAAGGCCCAAGUUGAACACCGCUUCAACGAGAUCUUUGACAAAUGCCCGCACAACACGGGUGGAAUUGAUGUCGAUCAGAUUGUUUUCUAUGCCAACAAGCGCUCGAUCGACGGCUACCAGUCUUGGGACUCUGAUUUCCCGGCCCGGUUGCCAGUGUGUGCAUUGGCUGACCGUGCACCACGCCUCACACAGAAUGACUGCACCAAGGCGUUCUCCGACAUCCCCACUGACUCUCAUGGACGGAUCGUUGAUCAAGACGGCCGCCGGACCCACUCAGUUCAAUUAACCAACAAGACUUGUACGCUCACUGUGUACACAUUCGAUUUUUCGAAACUUGAUGUGACAAAGGCGCAGCUUGAAGACGACUUCCUUAAGACACUUGAGCACUGCGAUAGAAAGUGUGGCGUGGUCCGGAUCCAAGGCGGGGCUGAAGGGCCUAAUGGCAGAGUAUAUCUCAGCUUUAGACACGCCUCCGCUGAUAAGAGCUGCACAAUCCCAUUCCUGCCAUUCCUUAAGUAGUGAUGAAAGUUAUCCAUAAAAUUGUAGCUACUACGGCCUGAUCUGCUUCAUAUUCCUUUCAUGUCACUUGAUUCACAUCCUGUCAUACCCUACCAUUCCAAUUUAACAUCCAAUAAAACACUCUGUUCCUCAUUUUAUAGUGAUCACAGCUCUGCAUAGCUGUUGCUUGUACUUACUUAAUCAGCUCCACAUUCCGUUGUUGUCACUUCACAUUCCAGUAGAACACUCUUUGAAGUUCCCGGUCCCUCAUUUUUUGUAAUUUCUCAUCUCAUCAAUGCGAGUCGUAAUUUUACCAUCCCUUCAUUCAAACAGUCCCCCCCCUCCCACUUCACAAUGGCAUGUUCGGCCUCAAUGUUUUUUAAAUGGCCUACACGCCCCCUCUCCCAGCACGACAUCUG